AUGUCCCACUCCCACCGCCUCUCAAUGAACUCCAAGGAGCAAACCGCCGAGAUCCCGCCUCAAAUCUCAGAUCUGCAUUGCUUCACCGAAACAAAUGGAGUCAUCACCACCACGAUGUUCGACGUGCCCGGCUACCGUGUCGUGCGCGUGCUGGGCGCCGUCUACGGGCUGACGGUGCGGUCGCGCAAUUGGGCCGCGAGCCUGGGCAUGGUAUUAAAGAGCGUGGCCGGCGGCGAGCUGAGGUGGUUCACAAACAUGCUCUACAGCGCGCGCAACGACGCCAUCUCGCGAAUCGUCGCCGAGACACAGGCCCGCGGAGGCAACGCCGUCAUCGCCCUGCGCUUCGACGCCGGCGAGCUGGGCGGCUUCGCACAGGUGUGCGCCUACGGGACGGCCGCCAUCAUCGAGAAGGUUGACGAUACGGUUGAGACGCAUCCGCAGUUGAUCAACCUCUGA